AUGAAUGGGAUGGGUAUCCCUGUUAAUAGGGCGGCUCAAAGGCCAAUGAAUCCACAAGUUCUCAAGCAACAGCAACAACAGCAGCUGCAACAGCAACAACAACAGCGUCAGAGGAUGCUAUUGCAACAGAGGGCGAUACAACAGCAGAAACAUCAACAGGCAUUACAGAAUUAUGAAUCACAAUUUUAUCAAUUGUUGCUGACUUUAAACAAAAAACCCAAGAGGAUCUACAAUUUCACAGAAGAUACAGAUUCUACUUUAAAGAAGUACGAACAAUAUAGACCAAGUUUUGAGUUCCACAUUUAUGAAAAUAACUACAAAAUAUGUGCACCAGCUAAUACCCGUCUACAACAGCAGCAAAAGACUCCUGAACUAACCAGUGAUGGCCUUAUUCUCAAUAAGAAUAACUCAAUCUUGAAGGAAUUCUUAGAAUACGUUGCUAGAGGUCACAUACCGGCUUCCAUAAUGGAAGUACUUAGGGAUUCUAAUAUCCAAUUCUAUGAAGGAAAUCUGAUCUUACAGGUUUACGAUCACACCAAUACUGUUGACGUAGCACCCAAGACUAAUCCUCAGCAACCAAUUGAUAAGAAUAAAGAUCCCAGAAAAUUGAGACCUACUUCCUUCAAAAGGCCUAGAGUAUACCGUACUCUAUUGAAGCCUAACGAUUUAACUCAUUACUACGAUAUGAUGUCUUACGCAGAUCACACGAGGUUCUCAGAUAGCAUCUAUCAACAAUUGGAAAGUGAGGUUUUAUCACUAACAAAGAGAAAUCUAGCGCUAGAUGUACCGCUAGACCCUUACGAGCAUCGAGAUAAGUUAGAGGAUGAGUUGUUUGCAACUCCCAAAUGGGAUGAAAAUACAAAGACUUUAAAGCAUAUACAUCGAGAAUUAUCAGCUAAAGAAGGUACUAAAGGUGCUGUAGGUCACAUUGAAGAACACGAGGAAUUCCCGCAACACAGUUCCAAUUACGAACAAUUGAUGUUAAUAAUGAGCGAAAGGACAACUACUUCUACAAACGAUACAUAUGCAGCUUCGUUAGCCUCAGCUCAAACGAACAAUACUUCUAAGAUGAGUGCACAUUCAAAUUCACCUUCAGUAUCAGGAAACGUGGAUUCUAGAGGUAGUUCCAACACAGGUAAUCAAAUGGCCAUAUCCGCAGCGGCAGCGGCAGCGGCAGCAGGGCUCACUGUAGGUAAUGAGAAUAAUCAGUUCAGCAGACUAAAAUUUAUCGAACAGUGGAGAAUUAAUAAGGAAAAAAGAAGACAACAGGCACUUAACAACAACAUGGCUCCCACCGCUUAUAAUACACGAAUUUCCAUGGCAGCUCCAAUGACACCCCAGCAACAAAUGUUACAGCAACAGCAGCAACAUAAUCCACAACAGGUACAACAGCAGAUGGCCAUGCAACAACAGAUGCAAGCAUCAAUGGUCGAUGCCCAGGGGAAUCCCAAGAACAAACCGGGAUUAGAUAAAACUAAGCAGAAGAGACCUCGAAAGACUACGAAGAAGGAAGAGCCUGCAAAGAAGAAACGUCCAACGAAAAAGAGGCAGGACGAGGAGUAA